GGAGCUUUUUGCAUCUGCGUGCUUGACUCCAUCAGAUAUUCCUGGUUGAUGCAGCACGCCUUCUAUUAGCCUUCUAGUGCGAAUCGAGCAGAUAUUGUAGAGGGCGAAAAUUCUCUCCGGGCUCAACCACAAAUUUCAUCUACCGGCAUCUAAGACUUGAGCUUGACUGCCGACGGCCUGAUCGACGAAUAGUCAGGCUUUGUUAUAUCCUUCUAAGGACUAUGCUCGACUUUGAGGAUGACGCGUCUAAGCGCGAAAAAUGCUACACCACCAUAGGCCAACUGCCUGCUUUCAUCGAUCCCAAGCAGCCACCUACGAAACGGUCCCCCUUCUCGGCCAUCCUUGGCCAUCCAUUCGUUCACACGGUUGAAGUCAUUCUGCCCAAGGACAUCCUGUCAUAUGUGCAACCCCAACUGCAGAAUUUGCGAUAUGCUAGAGUGUUCAUGUCGCUAUCUUCUUUGCUAGAGGGUGAUUUUUUCAAUACUUAUAUCAAAACCGGGAAUAUCCUCAUGAUAUCAGAGGGACGCUCAGGCUCAGACAGUGUCUUCACACUCAAAGAUGGCAUCUUGAAAUUGGAGUUGAGCAAGGAAAUCUUCGAAAGAACAGGGCUUACAGGGAAGCCUGUUCGCAGCGGAGGAAGAAAGCAUGCAAAAGAGAGGUUCAUCGUGGAGAUCAACCUUCGGCUUCCGUCCAUGCUUCACGGCAAGAAGGGCUUCGAGAGGAUCGUAUGGGCUUUCAAGAAUGUCUUGAACCAAUCAGUAGCUUGGCUAUUCUUCGACCUCACAACUAGCUUGAGUGGCGUUUCCGAAGGCGACCCCUCCCUAAAGGGAAACCAGCCCCAAAUCAUCAAUUGCCAGCCUAUUAUCACCGAGCACUCCAAUAUCCUUGUCCCCCCUCUCCCUGGAUCCGAAAUCACAGACGAGUCCCUUGAAGCAGCAGAACUAGAAGACCACUGCAACGAGCUCUCCGAGUGGCUUGCAAUGGUAUCCCUCGGAUCGCCCCGCGUAUCCGUCUAUGACGAUGUGGAUCCCUACCUAUGUCGUUACAGUGUACCCGAUUCGGAUAAUGCAAAGUCUACCAGUCUUGUCAGCUUGAAGUGGCAUGGACUUGUCCCGUCUCGUUGGAUUAUCGAAUUAUUGGUCGCGGUAUUGAAGGAAACUGCUCCCAAGUCUAUUGCCCCGUACGCUUGGUUCGCGCUUUCUGCGAGUGCGCUGGGAAGAGAAGCCGUGGAGGCACGCGAUGGGUACACGGUUAUGGUGCUUCCGACACAUGUGCCAAAUCAAGAUGCAUUUGGAGUGCAGGCAGAUAGUUUGUCCAGGAGUGUUAGUCGGCACUUUAUAUGUUGGGAGUACGUCGGUGCUUCGAUUCUAUGAACUGUCUUUAUGCUAGUAUACAUACCGUUGUCGAGUGGGCUCAGGAGUUACUAUUCUUCGAUACUAUACCCCAAAUCU